AUGGUCUUAGGGAAAUGCUACGUUUGCCACGAGCAAGUCAAGGAACUGUACUGCCGCCACUGCAUCAACACAAGCCCACACUUGAUUUUGAAGCAUAAGAUAGAACUUUAUCAAAUACGCGCCUUCAAUAAUGAAUUGAGAUCCCAAGUAGACGAUAUUCUCCAAAGCGCCAUGGAUGAAAGCAAAGAGCCCCAAGAUGUUUUGGGACGCAACCUGGCAAUGCUGAAAACGGCUUAUUUGAAAAGAAAAACCAACAAGUAUCGGCACAAAUUGGAACAAGUUCGCGAUUCCGUUGAGGUAAAGGCUCAUCGAGCGAAGCAAUUACGGGAACAGAUUGAUAGAGAUAACGCCACUAAAAUUAACGAGCCUCGGCAAUUACAGGAACACAGUGGUACUCAGAAGUCACAAUUCGACGCACUCAAACCGGAUCUACUUCAAUUGCAGAAAGUGUUAGCCAACUCGAAAGCUCUCAAAUUUCAAGAGUUGGUACGUCUUUUUCUCGUACGCCAAAGGGAACAUCCAGAGUUUCCAUACACGAUUAGUUUCCAGCCCGUGAUAAACAUCCAGCAUUUGUAUCGUCUGCCUCAAAAUGUCAUAGAAUGUUCGUUGCGAAGCAUGUGGGAAUUUCUAGUUCUGGCGGGCAAAGUACUUCUGCUGGAACUUCCUUUGAAAGAGCCUGGAACUGAUGUUCUCACCAGCCUUACUGGAAUCGUGUUGACCAUCUUGGUGUUGUUGCGGAACUUGGAACUCGUCCCCCGCGAUUGCAGCGACAGAAGAGCGUUGCUGCGAAGUCUGCUGAGAAACUACGACGUUGACAAGUUAUUUUACUUUAUGGUUAUGAACAAGGAUGUUGAAACGGAUAUCAAGAGCAAAGCCGAGACUGUUAUUAACUAUGAGGUUUGUCAUUCCGAGUUGCAAACGCUGCUACAAGGAUCUUCGGAACUGAGCGUUCUGGAACAGUCUGUGGACGACAAAUGGUUUCUUGUGGGAUAG